AACUUUCUACAUGUUCAAUGGCUGUGUAUGGAAACCGAACUGUUGAGUAAUGGAAUGUUUGUUUUCUGUUUACUGAGACGUCAUAUCUGUAAUUGCCAUGUUUAUACGUAAUGCUGAAAUUUUCCUCUGAAACUACGAGGGAAAGUUAUUGAAAAUUAAUUCUUUUCCUUUCGUAUUUUAAAGUAGUUUGUAGCUAUUAAAAAAUCAGGUAUUUAAAUGAACAUUUUUUGUAUUGCAUGGGCAAAAUAGCGAGGAUAUGACAGUAGAAGAUCCAUUUUUCGUUGUAAAAAAUGAGGUUGUGGAAGCUGUAAAUAAGACUAAAGACCUUUAUCAACGGUGGUGUGAAUUAAAAGACCUAAACCUUAUCAGUAAAGAAGAAAUCGAGUGGACAACUAAUGAGCUGAAAAAUAGUUUCCGUAGCAUUGAGUGGGAUUUGGAAGAUUUAGAAGAAACUAUUUCUAUUGUUGAAAAGAACCCUAAGAAAUUUAAAAUAGAUUGUACUGAAAUUAGUACAAGAAAAGCCUUUAUUGAAAAAACAAAGGAAGAAGUACAGUCCAUGAAAGAUAAAAUGUUUGAAACAAGGGAAAAGAAAAUGCGACAAGGUUUACUUGGCACUGGUUAUGCAAAGUACACUCGUUUAGAAAAUGAAAUUGAAAGUCCAACACAGAGCAAUUUUAUUGAAGAACAGCAAAAAGCUCAGCAGUUGAUCGUUGAUUCACAAGAAGAGCAGAUUGAGAGAGUAGGAGCUACUGUUGGGACUUUAAAAUCAAUGAGCAGCCAGAUAAGAAAUGAGUUAGAGGAACAGUCUGUGAUGCUAGAUGAAUUGGGUUAUGAAAUGGAAGUUACAGAAUCCAAGAUGGAUGCUACAGUGAGCAAAAUAGCCAAAGCAUUACAUAUGACUAGUGAUAGAAGACAGUGGACAGCUAUUGGAGUGCUUCUGCUAAUCAUAUUUAUAGUCAUACUUCUAUUUUUUAUUCUGUGAAAGAAGCAUUCCUGUCUCUUCUUGUAGCAGUGGUUGUACAUAAGAUUUAUGCCAUCCAUUGAUUGUGUAUAGAAAUUUUAUCAUCUUUUGAUAUUAUUCUUAUAUGCAUUAAAUAACUAAUAUGGAUUGUUUUUAAAAAAACUUGUUUAUGGUAUAUAUAUCUUGUGUUAGAUAUUGUUUGUAAUCUCAAUAUUUUUCAGGGUUAUUUUGUUUGUUUACAUUCCAUUUUGUGUUCCACUGUUUUUUUCUGGAUUUGAUUGCAUUUUUUCAAUUUCUUAUUCAAAGUGGUAGAAAAUUGUAUUAUCACUUAUUUAGCAGCUGUUCAAAGUAAUGAUUGACACUAUUUUUUUCUUUUGAAAGAAAAUGUGUUGGAAUUAUAAUCAUUAUUUCUUACAUUGAUUUUAAUUCAGGGUUUAUAAAAUACAGUGUUUGUAGUUUUGUGGCUGUUAUAUCUAUUACUAUAUUUAGUGAAUAAAUGUUUUUAUUGAUUAAAAUCCAUGAAAAAAUAAAACAGUUUUAUUUAAGCUGUUCAAAUUUUUAAAUUCAUGUUUGCUAAUAAUUUUUAAAUACGAAACCUUUUUUGUUAUGCUAAUAUUGCUGCUAUUUUAAUCAAAAAAAGCAUUGGGAGUAUUUCACUGCCUUUGUUGGAAUUUUCAAAUUAAAGACAUAAGUUUUUAGCACCUUAUUUAAUGUGAAUUUUUUUAAGAUUAAGCAAUUGAAUGAAUAGAAUUUAAAUAUUGCCAUAUAUUGUGAUAUUUUAUAGGAUAGAAUUUAUAAUAUAUCAUAUUUAGAAAAAGAAUUUUCACAUGUUUUGUAUAAUGUUUGAGUUAUGAAAAUAUUAAUUUUUAUUUGAAAUUAUUUAUUUUGAAAGGCAUACUCUGCUAUUAAAAUUACUUCAGUUAUUCUAAGAUUUCUUUAAAAAUGAAUAAGGUACUAAUUUUAAACUUUUAUUCCAUGCUCUAUACAAGACAAUUUUUAAAAACUUCUUAUACAGUUUUAUGGUUGAAAAUGAUAAUUGAUAAUGUUAAUUUUCUAAAUCCAUAAGUAUAAAUAUGAGCAAAUAGCACCUUCCUUUUGUACCUCGUUGUACCAAAGCUUAAAUUCUUUACUAAAAUAAAUGACUUUUCCUAUAUUUUUAACUGUUUAAAUAAUAUGAACUGUUUUUCUCGAGGGGGAAAAAAAUUGUGCUAAAACAUUAUUUUUUGAAUUCUUUGUUUUCUCACAUAUCAUUUUUUUUUUAAAUGAAAUCAUUUUUUAGUUUAAAACCUAAAUUCUGGCUUCAGAGUGUUUUUUUGUACAUGUUUUGUGUUAUGAAAGUAUUUUAUUACUUCAUAACUACAUUAAAAUGCAUAUAUCCCUGUAUAUACAGCAAAAGUGAGCUCUGUAUUUUAGGAGUAAUAUAUGUCCAUUAUUGUAAAAUGUCUGUGCUCUGCCACCUGAGAUUAAUUGUAGCAUCUCUAUUGCCCAAACUUUGAGAAAUGAAAAUCUUAAUUUAUAAUAACAAAAAACCCAAUAUCAUUCAUUUAGUAUUAAUUAACUGCAUGUAUACAUCAAUUUAACUCUUUUGACACUGCACUGACCAUUGGGGUUAACUACAUCAUCCACUCCAGCUUUUUUUUUGGAAUAUAAUUUUGGGCAUAUAGAGAUUUAGUCUACAUACAUAUGCUUUUUUUUUCCUUGCAUAUUUAAUUUUAAGAAAAUUGCAAAAGAAUUGUACAACUUUCUUAUAUUAUUCGCCAUAUUGUAUUUUCAAAGGUAAGAAAUGGAAGAAGUUUAAAUUUGAGUGGUUUUUAAAUUUAGUGUAUUUUCUUGAAUUUUAAUUUUAUUGUCUUAUAUAUUUAUGAAUAAUGAUUGAUAGAAUUAGUAAAAAUUACUAAUGUAUUAUUUUUUAAUCUGUGAUAAAAAAAUUAUUUUUGAAUAUCUCUAAUUCUUAUUUUGAAAGUGACUCAUUAUUUAAUUAUCAUAGCACAAAAAAACUGGGAAAAAAAAGAUUUCACACAAGAAUCUUGGAAUGUUGUAUUACUUUUUGUUACAUAUCAGAUAUCAUUUGUACCUGGGGUUCCCCACUUCUAAUAUUAGGUAUUUUUCAUUUAACAUACUUAGUCACAAGCGUUUAAAACCAUUUGCUUUAGUGAUACUUUAAUCUUUUCAGGGCUUUGUAAUUUUUGAGAUCAUGCUAAAGUUAAAGAUUAAGAAAACAUCUAUUUGAACAGCUAUAAUUUUAUUCUUUGUUAUCUAUAUUUACUACUUUAAAUGUAUUUAAUGUGCCAAUGGAAACUUAAAUAUAAAGCUAUCUUGUAUGUGAAUUUAGUUAAAGUAUUUUUAUUUUUAAUUGUGUUAAAAUUUCUUAUGCUAAAUGUUAUUUCUGCUCAUUUUCAGUUUUUGUUAUGAAAUUUAAUUAUUUUCUGUUAUUGCAUAAUGUGAUCACAAUAAAUAUUGUAUUAUAAAUGUUAUGUAGUAAUAAAAAAUGUAUAUUGUUUUAUGUAGAAACUAGGUUUCACAGAAUAUAAAGUACUUGCAAGUGAUAAUAAAUUUUGUAAAUCUCAA